UCUGCGGUCGGCCCAGCCCAUUCACCGUGCGCUGCCCACACAGCCAGUACACUAUUGUAAGUGUUGACAGACUUGUGUUGUAAAAAGUAAAGUUAUGGUUGAGUAGUUUACUGCAUGAGGUGUUUUGCAACUUUACUUGAAAGCCGAAGAGAGUGUUGCUCUUUGACGGGUGUUAGUUCUCGAGGACACAGACUGGGUGUGGAAGACGGUUGUUUGAGAAUUUUAAAGUUUGCAAGAAGUUUUUCGAAAGGAAAUUCGGAUGGCACAGAAUCAUCGUCCAGUUCCACAGUACAAAAACGGAAUGAUGUUGUCCGACACUCAGUAUCAGGCGUUGAGGGCAGCAUUUCAUGAGGUGGACGAGGAGGACCAAGAAGCGAUCGAUUCAACCCUGGUUCCGUUGCUAGUCAAUAAACUCCUUGGCAAGCAGGCUACCAAGAACAACAACGUCUUACCACACAACAUCACCAAGAACGGUGUGGUGAAAUUUUCUGAUUUUGUGUCGAUCAUGUCCGAGGCCAUGGCGGAGACGACAAAUUGGGGCAAACUACAGACGGAGGUCAAAGGUUAUGUGGGCAUCGACACCAUACAAGAACAGAUCAGAAAGAAAGCUCUGAAGAGAGGGUUUGAGUUUAACAUCAUGGUCGUAGGUUCCAGCGGUUUGGGCAAGUCCACAUUAGUCAAUACACUGUUUAAAGCCAAGGUCAGCAGGAGGUCAAAUUCGGCAGAGAAGGACCAGCCACCCAUUAUUCCCAAAACAGUAGAAGUACAGUCUAUUAGUCACGUUAUUGAAGAGAACGGUGUGAGGCUGAAGUUGACAGUUACAGACACACCUGGCUUUGGCGAUCACAUCAACAAUGAAAACUGUUGGUUGCCAAUCCUAAAAUACAUCAACGAGCAAUAUGAGAAAUACCUAUCCGAAGAAAUCAACGUCAGUAGAAAGAAGCAGAUUCCAGAUUCCAGGGUUCAUGUGUGUUUGUACUUCAUUGCUCCAACAGGGCAUGGGUUGAAGCCACUGGACAUUGAGUUCAUGAAGAGAUUGGAUAAAGUGGUCAAUGUUGUACCGGUCAUUGCUAAGGCUGAUACUCUCACAAUUGAAGAAAGGGAACACUUCAAAUCAAGGAUAAAGUAUGCCCUGAAUGAGAAUGGCGUCUCCACAUACCCCAUGAAGGAGCUGGAGACGGAUGAAGAAGAUGAAAACAUCAACACACACAUCAGGGACCAGAUGCCAUUUGCUGUGGUAGGCAGUGACAAGUCUCACCAGGUCGAUGGCAAAGAGGUACUCGGAAGACUCACCAACUGGGGUCUCAUUGAAGUUGAAAAUCAUAACCAUUGUGAAUUCUCCAACCUUCGCGACAUGCUGAUCAGAACACACCUACAGGACCUAAAGGACGUCACACACGGCAUCCACUACGAGAACUUCCGCUUUGAAAGACUUAAUAAACAUCAGAAAAUUGACAAAGCCGAAGACCAAGAAAGUAGAUGCUAAGAUAGACUGGAUUGGUAGAAGUGUACAUUUGAAGAUGACGUCGGUUUUCCCACCUCUAAUCACCAGGGCCCAAUUUUAUAGAGCUGCUUAAGCAUGACAAGUAGCUAACCAUUACAAAACUAUGCUUACCAAA